AUGCUUCGUAACUUGAAAAACAACUUCAGAAGCGUCAGACGGUUGGCCACCAACGCCGACCCUGCAGCCACCCCUAACCGUGUUCACGGCGGGUUGAAGGACCAGGACAGAAUCUUUCAGAAUGUCUACGGAACCUAUGGUCAUGACCUCAAGUCUGCCAUGAAAAUGGGAGACUGGUACAAGACGAAGGAGAUCAUUCUCAAAGGAGACAAGUGGAUCAUUGACGAGAUGAAGAAAUCCGGUUUGAGAGGCAGAGGAGGCGCCGGUUUUCCCUCUGGUCUUAAAUGGUCGUUCAUGAACCCUCCAGGAUGGGAAAAGAACCCGGGCCCAAGAUACUUGGUGGUUAACGCCGAUGAAGGUGAGCCUGGUACCUGUAAGGAUAGAGAAAUUAUCAGAAAAGACCCUCACAAGUUGGUGGAGGGAUGUUUGUUGGCUGGUAGAGGUAUGAACGCUACCGCAGCAUACAUUUACAUUAGAGGUGAGUUUUACAACGAAACGGUGAUUUUGCAGGAGGCAAUCAACGAGGCCUACAAGAGCGGGCUCAUUGGUAAGAACGCUUGCGGAUCCGGUUACGAUUUCGACAUCUACAUCCACCGUGGUAUGGGUGCUUAUAUCUGUGGAGAGGAAACCGCAUUGAUUGAGUCCAUCGAGGGUAAGGCCGGUAAGCCAAGAUUGAAGCCUCCUUUCCCUGCUGGUGUCGGUUUGUUCGGUAGACCCACCACCGUUGCCAAUGUGGAAACCGUUUCGGUUGCACCAACCAUUUUGAGAAGAGGAGGAGACUGGUUCGCUUCGUUUGGUCGUGAGAGAAACUCCGGAACCAAGUUGUUCUGCAUUUCUGGUCAUGUCAAUGAGCCAUGUACUGUGGAGGAAGAGAUGUCCAUUCCUUUGAAGGAGUUGUUGGAGAAGCACUGUGGAGGUAUCAAGGGUGGCUGGGACAACUUGUUGGGAGUCAUUCCUGGCGGAUGUUCGGUUCCUGUGAUGACCAAAGAACAGUGUGACCAUGCCUUGAUGGACUACGACUACUUGAGAGAUGAGGGUUCUGGUUUGGGAACUGCUGCUGUCAUUGUCAUGAACAAGCAGACCGACAUGAUCAGAGCCAUUCAGAGAUUCUCUGCCUUCUACAAGCACGAGUCUUGUGGUCAGUGUACACCAUGUAGAGAGGGAACCACUUGGUUGGCUAAGAUGAUGGAGAGAUUUGUCAAGGGUCAGGCCACCGAGAAAGAGAUUGACAUGAUCUUCGAGUUGACUAAAGAGGUUGAGGGCCACACCAUCUGUGCUUUGGGAGAUGCUGCCGCUUGGCCAAUUCAGGGUUUGAUCAAGUCGUUCAGACCCCUCAUGGUGGAGAGAAUCAACGAGUACACCGCCGCUCACGAGCCUAUUUCUCCUGGUGGAUGGGUCAAGGGAGGUAAGGUGUUGGAGGGAGUUGUUGUGGACAACCCACUCCCAGCCGCUCACCACUGA